AUGUCAAGAUCUAUCUAUCUAUCUAUCUAUCUAUCUAUCUCAGUUUGUUUAUAUCUAUCUAUUUAUACGAGUUAUCGCCCAAGAUCUCAUUCUUUCUAUAUUAAUCUGUCUGUCUCUUUAUCUAUCUAUCUAUCUAUCUAUCUAUCUAUCUAUGCCAGUUUAUAUCUUCUGCCUCUCUCUCUAUAUUUAUCUAUCUAUCUGGGCCAGUUUGUUUAUAUCUAUCUAUCUAUACGAACGAACGUUCCGAUAAUAAAUAAAUAUCAUCACACAUAUCUAUCUCUCGCUAUCUCUCUCUCUCUUUCUGUAUAUCUACUUUUCUCUCUCUAUCUAUCUAUCUAUCUAAGUAUGUCGGUAUCUAUCUAUCUCGGUUUCUUUCUUUCUUUCUUUCUUUCUUUCUUUCUUUCUUUCUAUCUAUCUAUCUAUCUAUCUAUCUAUCUAUGUCGGCAUCUAUCUCGGCUUCUUUCUUUCUUUCUUUCUUUCUUUCUUUCUUUCUUUCUUUCUAUCUAUCUAUGUCGCCAUCUAUCUCGGUUUCUUUCUUUCUUUCUUUCUUUCUUUCUUUCUUUCUUUCUUUCUUUUUAUGAUGAUGAUGAUGAUGAUUUUCUCGGUGGCACGAAUAUAUCAUCGAGUUCGGUUUUUCAAAUUUAUCUAAAAUCUUUUUCAUUGUUUGAACCUAAAUAUUUUCUUUCCCCUUGUCUUUUUUCUCUUGUUUUUUCUUCAUCUCUUCUUCGUUGUCCUCCCUUUAAUCCUUUCUUUCUUUCUUUUUUAUCUUUCUUUCUUUCUUUCUUUCUUUCUUUCUUUUCGUCUGAUUGUGUUCAAUCGUUUUUUGUUUAUUUUCCUUCCUUUCUUUUCUUCUUUUUGUUUAUUUUCUUUCUUUUUUAUCCUUUCUUUCUUCUUUCGUCUGAUUGUUUUCGUUUUUUGUUUAUUUUCCUUCCUUUUUUUCCUUUCGGUUUUCUUUUCUUUUUUUUCUUUCCUUCUUUUUUAUCUUUUCUUUCUUUCUUUCUUUCUUUUCUUUCUUUCUUUCUUUCUUUUCGUCUGAUUGUGUUCAAUCGUUUUUUGUUUAUUUUCCUUCCUUUCUUUUCUUCUUUCCUAUUUUCAGUAAAUUCAUCAUCUAAUCUUACCUUUCAAUCGGUAUAUCGCGAGGUGGACGAUUUCUUUUCUUUUUUAACUUUAUUAUACUGCUUCCAUAUUUCGUAUUAUUUUCUUUCUUACGGGUUCCAUCUUUUUACAUUUCGUUUUUUCUUCUCUCUUCUAUUCCUUCUUGAUUAUCUUCUUCCCGUUUCCUCUCCCAUUCAUUUUUUUCUUUUUUCUUCUCUUCCUGUCUUCCUUCUCUUUUUUCCCUAUCACGCUACUUUCUAUUAUUUUCUUCCUUCUUCUCUUUCUCCUUCCUUACCUACUUUUUCCUUUUUUUCUCAUGUCACAUUUAACAUUGUUUUGCUUCUAUCUCGUUUUCCUGUUUCUCCCACUCCUCUCUUUUCCCCAUACUUCUCCCCUUUCAUUAUUUUUCUUCCUCUUCCUUUCCCCUUUUCUCGUCUAGUCCUCCUCUUCUCUCUUUUCACAUUUUUUGCUCCCCCUUGCAUUGCUUUCUUAAUACUCUAUUUCUCCAACUUUCCUCCUCCUCUUCCUCAUCUCUUUUUCUAUAUUUCCCCUCCCUUCCAUUAUUUUCUUCUUCUUCCUUUCCCCUUUUCUCGUCCUGUCCUCCUUCUCUUGCUUUUCACCUUUUUCUUCUCCCUUGCAUUACUUCCUUAUUUCUCCUCCCCAUUCCUCCUCCUCCUCCUCCUCUCUUUUCCCCAUAUUCCCCCCUUUCAUUAUUUUUCUUCCUCUUCCUUUCCCUUUUUUUUAGUCCUUCUCUUUUUCUUUUUUUCCCUUUUUUUUCUCUAUUCCUCCCUUUCCUCCUCCUCUCCCCUCAUCUCUUUUCUAUUUCCCCUCCCUUCCAUUAUUUUUCGUCCUGUCCUCCUUCUCUUGCUUUUCACCUUUUUCUUCUCCCUUAUUACUUCCUUAUUUCUCCUCCCCAUUCCUCCUCCUCCUCCUCCCUCUUUUCCCCAUAUUCCCCCCCCUUUCAUUAUUUUUCUUCUUCCUUUCCUUUUUCUAGUUCUCCUCUUCUCUCUUUUCACAUUUUUUGCUCCCCCUUGCAUUGCUUUCUUAAUCCUCUCUCCUCUAUUUCUCCAACUUUCCUCCUCUUCCUCAUUAUUUUCUUUCCGUUAUUUUUCAUCUUCUUCAUUUCCCCUUUUCUCGUCCUGUCCUCCUUCUCUUGCUUUUCACCUUUUUCUUCUCCCUUGUAUUACUUCCUUAUUUCUCCUCCCCAUUCCUCCUCCUCCUCCUCUCUUUUCCCCAUAUUCCCCCCUUUAA